AUGAGAGCGCCGCGUUUGGCCGCCCAGCCUAGGGUGAUACACACUGUUGCUCACAAUUCUUGGAAGUCUAGCUUCGGUAGAUUUAGCAGCCCGAAAAUAUCAGCCCGCCUGUUCCAUCGGUCACAACAUUCCCUGACUGCCAGUGGAAAGCCUCGAAAGGAAGUCGCCCUACCAAGCCAGACCACACCAUCAGGCACGGCAGAAUAUGCGCUCACAACUCUGGACCAAGUUGCGAAUUGGGCCCGACAGGGCUCUCUAUACCCUAUGACAUUCGGCCUUGCUUGCUGUGCCGUGGAGAUGAUGCACAUCGCUGGACCACGAUACGAUGCCGAUCGACUAGGGAUGCUGUUUCGAGCAUCGCCCAGGCAGUCGGACCUUAUGAUCGUGGCCGGAACUUUGACCAACAAAAUGGCACCAGCACUUCGCCAAGUCUACGACCAGAUGCCCGAUCCACGCUAUGUUAUUAGUAUGGGGAGCUGUGCUAAUGGUGGUGGCUACUAUCAUUAUAGCUACUCUGUGGUCAGAGGAUGUGAUAGGGUUGUUCCCGUUGAUGUCUAUAUUCCAGGAUGUAAGUCACUGAACCAGAUCUAUAUGUUACGAGCGUUUGAAGCUGAAUGUUCCCUGAAGGUCCACCAACUGCUGAAGCAUUGUUGUAUGGAGUUCUCUGCAUUCAAAGAAAGAUACAGAGGACGCGGACUACACGGAUGUGGUACAGGCGAUAGGCCGAGAUGCAAUCCCUUAGGAUAA